GAUGAAUUUAGGACUAGCUGCGUACGGCAGCAGUAUUUUCAUGUCACAACUACACGGUAUCUAUUGAAACGAAUAGGUGAGCCUUGACCGCUUAGUAGGCGGGUAUAUGGCUCCCAGUAAGUAAGUAUGUCAUCUUCACCGAAUAAGCAGUCUAGAGGGGACCUUGUUCCCAACUUUUUGCUCCUGUGCGGCAAAGGUCACACGAAAGAAGUCGCGCGAUUGCUAGCAGCCGAUGGUGGGCUGUCUUACCAAAAGCACCCGCAAAGCCGCCAGUCAGGGUUUACGAUCGCUUGUCUGCGUGGCAACGAAGAGAUCUUCGCACUACUCCUUAAGGCCCUGCGCGAAGAGGACCAGCUCAAGGCUGUGCUCGACGUCGUGGAUGUCAGCGGUACUGAUUAAAGAGCUAGAAAAACAGGAACUUUGACCUUACGUAUUUAAGUGCUCACUUUAGCAAUAAACCUCAUCUCACAGCUCAUGAGAUAACUUGACAUUCAUCGACACUGCUGGAUGAGUCGCACUGUUUGCAUAAAUAAGUGAGACCGGAGGCCUUGGUACGCUUUCGUUAGCUGAAAGCAUCGCUCAUUUUUCUCUCUUUGCAGGUUCCACCCCUUUACUCAACGCGGUUCAUGCGUGCAAUCUCAAGAUAACGCGAUCGUUGCUGGAACUCGGGGCGGACGUCACCCUGAAGGCUACGAACCGCAGAAAUGUGGCCCAUGUUGCUUGCACCAAAAAAGAUGGUACCAGAGCAGUUCGCUCGCAUUUUAUGAUGUGCGAUCGUGGAAGUACAAUUAGUUCAUGAAUACUUAUGUUCGCAGACGACUUCGCUCUACAUCGAUCAACAUCCACAUCUUCCCGAUUUUUCAUGAUCAUUGCUCUCGCUUAGUUUCUAAUAAACAAUAACGAAGAGAAAGGUAUUGUUCAAGAACAAAGCAAGCAUAUGAUCAUGAUCUGAGCAGGUCUUCGACUCCUACGGCUCUUUCAUCGGAAGAAGGUGUUGCGGCCAAUGCUUGUUGAACCUGAUUUGUGGGGUGCGACGCCGAUGCAGGUCGCGGAUUCGAAGAGGCACGGAGAGCAAGUGGAGUUCAUAGAUCUAGUUCUGCGCAGCAGAGAGGAGGAUGACGAUAUGUUUUUUGUCCGUUACGGUGACGAUGAUGACGAUCCUGAGUCCAGUGACGACGAUGAUGAUUCGGUCCCGCGGCGUCCUCAGAUCUUGCUUUAAGGCUCAAUACAAUUCAUUUUUACAACACAUUUCUUCCUGUUUCCUUCUAAGGAGUGGUAUACAUGCAGCCAAAAAAUGAGCUCUAAUUGCUGCCUCGCUACGCGAAUGGCAGUGAGUCGCGCUUUCCGAAUCUCACGCAGGCGAUAAUGCAGCAGCAUCGUUCAGGGGGGCACCAGAGGGGGGUUGGCGAAUAUAAUGAGGAAGUGACAGCGCUUCAACGUCGUAGUUCUGCCGCAGCUCUCGUGGAUGAAAGAACAUGGCGAGGAACGACUGCGAGUACAGGAGCUGCCAAGAGGGGCAUGACAACAAUCAGCUUCGAGGCAAACCAUGUCCCAGCGAAGAAUACACCGGGAAAAACAAUACUGCAGGUGGGAAUUAUAAACGCAGAGCAGUCGUCAUCCAAACAACAUGAGGAUUCGCCGCGUCCGCCGCGACCGGUUUCACCCGCGAGCAAAAAAGUUUCUGUCAUCGAGUUAGCGCCAGGAACGGCCAACGAAGCGGCCAACGAAGGCUUAGCUGUCGUUGCACAGAAGGCACCAGAGCAGGCACAAGCAGGCAAUCAUAACAGCACCGCACAACCACCUGCCGUCGGUCCGGUUGCGAGUGAUACAGGCAUAAGCGGGACAGAGCAGCAGGAUGCGGCGCAUAGUGAAGCUGAUUCGGAAAUGAGGACUGGCGCAGUGUCGCAGUCGCGUCAGCAAAAAGUGCACUACGUGCAAUUGUUUGCUGGCGAGACGGAGGUACACUUACAGUAUUAAGCAUACCUGGAUAAGGACCACGCUGGUUGCCGAUUGAGAAAAUGAUGUAGCAGUUCAUUGUGGGGUAGCGGCUAAGUAUAGCAUUUCCAUUUCUUUCUUCCAUCAACACUUACUUCAAAUACAGGGUUAUUACCGCUGUACUUCAAUUCGUUCUUCUACCGAAACUGAUAAACAUAGGUGAAAGCAAAUGGCGAGGAGGAUCUGGACUACUGGCCUUCACCAGAAGUGCCGCCGCUUGCUCUGGGCCCACCGGUUAAGAAAAAUCCCGGAAGGACGCGAUCGCCAGGAGUUACAACGACAAUGAAGCAGGGCUAUGACGAAGCUGGUGGUCAACACAUCCUCUUUCAGCUGCACCAAGGUGGUACCGACCACGAUGGCGGUGAGGACCCCAGUCCAAGAAAUAGGCCGUCAAGCUCAUCAGGUAAAAGAACCUUCGUGCAGCAAUCAGGCUCCAAGACUCGCUCGAAGCGGAACGGGACGUCAGGUUUAGACAGUAAUACAUCCAAGCAUGCGAAGGAGCAUAGUCAUCAGCAUGGAGGAGCAGGUAAGCUGACUGCCGAUGUACAGCAGCAGAUGGAAAUGCUAGAUAGAGAGCAUCGGAAACUCGGGACCCGUGGCGGGGGAAAGCUACAAUACACUCGAAGAUCAGAGCAAAGCUCUGCGCCAGCGAGAGGGGCUUUCGGCGCAGCGCACGGGGUAGAAGAUCUCGCACGCGAUGCAGCACCCGCGGAACGUGGAGUGAGUAGAGAGCGAGACUCGAGCAACACGUUUUCGCAUCGAAAGUGGAGGGGUUCUUCGACCGGCAAGGAGCGCGGAGAAGCGGGACUCAUGGGCGAAAAAGGCGGUGAAAAUAAUCUGGGAGCAGGGUGCAUUAACCAGAAGAUCCUGUUGCCGGCGCCUAAAAAGUCUUCACUUUUGCUCGCUCGAGCCAAAAGCGCAACUUCUUUGCGAGAAGCGCGGUUACUGAAAAGCACGCAGCAACAGCAACAGCAGUACUCGACAAAAAACUUACCUCCCGGGACCUCUGCCUCGGGUCGUUUCAUACGAUUUAUGGAGAAGAACAACCCGCUUAUGGACAUGGAGCUGUCGAUUGAGAAUCUUCCACGUAGAGGGAACGAACCUACUUUCAUCCGCAGUUUUCCCGACGACUUGGGCGAUCAUCUUUCUCCGGCAGAUAAUUUUCAUGGUUUGCAAACUCCCGGCGUGCCGGCUACGUCGCCAGCAGCGGACGAUGGAAGCAGCACUAGGAAACCAGGAGAUACAGCAGGGCAGAACCAGGCGGGCUACGUUUCAAAACCGGUUUUGUCGCAUUCGCAGAGCCCCAGACCUGCCAUGGGGCUUAGCGCGAGUCCAAAGCAGGACAAUGUUUCUGGUUCGCCGAAAGUCGCCAGCGUAGCGCGUGAGAGGGCAGCAUUCUUGAAAGUAGAGGGCACUUCAGUUGCCGGCGAGAAAGGCCAAAGAGGACGUUCACGGUCGACAACCACUAGCCCAGACGAUGUUGAAGCUGUGUCAAAGGCACGCCCAAAUGGCCCUCCGAGGGACGAUGGGAAAACGGCAUCUGCAAAUUAUGAGAAAAGUGCUGGAACUGAGCCAAGUAGCGCCAACGGUGAUGGUAAAAGUGCUGCAGUAUCUUCUUCCGGACCGAAGGAGACCGAGUCUCCAGGGGAUUCCAGUCCUAGUGGGAGACCGUCAGGAAGCCCAUCUCCAGGGAAGGACGGUGGUUCGAACAAAGAUUCCGUGAUUGCCUAUAAGCACGCAGCAGAUGCGACCGCUGUAGAGCCGGGAUCGGACCCUCUACGAGAAUCUGAAUCCAAGCAUGCAAAUGGACAAACCGUUGCCGGGGCGGGCCGGCGAGCAGCUAACAAGUUGAAGGGAGAAAUGAACACGGCAGCGAGCGGAGUUGUCGUGUCGCCGUUAGACAUGAACAGCUUUAUAAUGGAACAAGAAGCUCCAGCACUUUCUCGCGCUCCUUCGGCGUCCCGUUCGCGAGCGAAAGCGGGUGGCGGCACUGCCAAUUCCGCCGUUUCACCAGACGCGGCAAGGGGAGUUGUGAAUGCUUUUGCGGUUGGGCUAGUAGGUGUCGAGCAUGGUGAUGGAAAUGGAAGACAGAAACCCGACUCCCUAGGAGAGGCAUCGGGCGGAAGAGUAACUGCACUCGUUGUAGACACUGGAGGCGAUUGUGCAGUUGAUCGGGAAGUGUCGCCGCUCCACCUCGUCCAUUCUCCGUUGGGGAUUACGGAAAACCACGCAUUGCGAUUCCGCAGUGCGCCCUCAAGAUUUCCCGGCCGGCCAGAAGAGUUCGACGCUGCGCGGGCCUUCGAGGGAGCCUCUGGCUGCGCCAAGGUUGGGCGACCGAUGCGGGGACGUCUGCGACCGGGGGCAGCGCAGGCGCCGUUGUCACCACGCAACAAUCAGCAAGGUGCGACUUCAGAGUCCAGCAGCAGGCCAGUGUCGACCAGCGCCACGCUUCACCUCCCCCGCGUGUACAAGACCGUGAUAUCGGGAGCUCCGGUUGCCGCAGUUGAAGUGAGCCCAAGAGAUGACGAGGCAGGAGAAGAGCCCUCGAUCGUCCCACGGCGACAGCAUAGCAGUGGAUCGCGGUCGAGGUCCCGUUCGCCUAAGCCAAAGCAUUGCAGCGAGACUCAAAAUAGCACAUCGAUUGAGGGAAAGAAGGCGUCGGGAAAGAAGCACAAGGAGAAAUCUUUAAAAAAGCAGUUGCAUCUGGUGGCUUCCUACCGAGGCAAGGACUAUCAGGAGCUAACGAGCCCUGGGAAGCCCACCGCUUCGGGGAACGCAGACGAGCCCUCAGUCAUCGAAGAUGUCCUUUUUGAGGAGGAGGAAGCAUCGCGCGUCCAAGCAUUCAUGAAUAAACUGCAAGACAAGUGCAACGACAGAGGUGCAAAAAAACUGCGGGGUAGUUCUUCUGCGUCUGGGGCCGGUCCUCAAUAUAACAAAAAUUCAACGGCUCUAACAGACGAGAGCGAGUAUAUGGACUCCCGGCGCCUCUCCAUGAUGCGAAAGCGAGCCAUGCACGUUGCCGCAUUGACACCCGAGGGCGUCGGAUUGGACCCACUCCGUCGGCGUCGUCCGCGCACGGCGGGAACUGGCGGAAUCAAUUACACUUUCGGCGCUGACGUGCUUGGGCUGCCGUCGCCUGUUGCGCAGACGCCGACAGCCCCUCUCAUGGUUCGUGUACAGUACCCGGGAGAUUCCGGGAUCGGCAGAAAUUUUGGUCAUCCGCCGCAAAUUAAGACUGCUUAUGUCACAUUAGGAAAGAACUGGGUCGCACCUCUCGACGCGGCGGGCGCGCAACAACAGCAGCAGCACGCACGUGGGCAGGCCACGGGCGAGCACAUGCUGGUCGCUCCUGCGCCGGCGGAAUCCGUCAAAGGCGCUGGAUUCUUAAUGGCGAAACGGAAAACUCUGGAAUUUCCGUCUGGUUCUCCCCAAGAUGGCGGUCCGCUGGGUGAAACAGAAACAGAAUUGGAGCAGCUGCAGUUAGGGCACGGAACAAGAAAUUACAGGCCAAAGUCGGCAUCGUCCGUUGCGGUACGAACAUUUGCCCGCGGAAACGCACCGAAGAAGAACAUUGCUUACACCGGCAACGCGGCAGCCGUCGCGAGAGCUCUCAGACCACGUAUCUUCUACUUUUCAUUUCUACUAUUGCAUGUUGUCAUUGAUUGGCGAUGGGUCAAAAAUUAUAAGAAUGGGAUCAGACCUUUUGAAAGUUGAAGCCGGGUCUUUUUGAAUGCGUCGCAUUUAUUCGGAAGUGGUUGAGUAUGUUCUUCCUCAAAUUCGUGGAUCGUAAGGGGUGCCCGGGCUCGCGAGCUAUCACAAGAAAGUGAGCUGACGUGACACGGUAAGAAGCACCGGAGUUUCUUAUUAGUGAAUCAUAUUUAUAUGUUUCUUCCUUGGCUGCAGACUCAUUUAUUUGAAGUAUGUAUAGAUGAAUUAGAUAUAGAUUUUCUCUUAACAUCAGUGAUGGCAACACGACGGCUUGAGGCACCGCAGCUGGAUGAGCGGGAUCAGCUGCCGUCGUUUGCAGAAAUGUUUGGCCCACAGUGCACCGGACAAGAGGGUGAGAACACGCAACAGAUGGCAGAUGCGAUGCAGCUUGGCCUCUUACAAGAAGUUCGUGCGGAGCAAAAUUCCGGGACGCUUUUCGAUGUCCUCUACGGACCAGGUGCUAAGGAGUUUCUAGUAGCGGAGACAGCUCAAGACGUUUUGUAAUCCGGCUUGCAUGGGUGCUCAUGGAGGAUUAUCUUCUGUGUAUCACCUUAGAAUCUUCACAGGCAUGUCGCAAUCAGAACUCUGAAUCUAUUUGCUAAUCACAAUCUCAUUUUUCAACAACACCGGUUUCAACUUUCAUUGAUCUACAUGAAUUUGUCGUACACCAGCAAAAUGAAGAUGACUGUACAAGAACUAUCGCAAACCAAGAAAAUUUGUUGUGUCUUGUCGUGUCAUUUUCAUUCGCACAAGCUGGAGGGGGGUAUACGCAAACCCUAGGCCCUUUCCACGAAGUGCCACACUGCAGCUGUAUUGGUUUCUAAGCAAAAAAAUGCUUGUGAUGUGACUUCUUUGCAAAAAGGGCGAAAGAUUGAAAGGUAAGGGAUGUAAAAUCCGAAAGCAAGAAACGUAUGUACCUCGAU